ACACCAAACAAAAGUGCAAACAGAACACAACAACAAAACCGACCGCCGCUUUGACCUGUGCAUGCCCCCGCUCUUGGGCCUCCUCAGCACCUUCUGCUCAACUUUGUUUCAUAUUUGAUCUAAUAGCCAAUUAGACAGAGGAGCAUCACCCUGUCCCUCUCAAACUCUACCUCAUCUUCUCUUCUUCCCACCCCCCCACCAUAUUCAGGACUCCCAAUCACCAAAUUCCGCUUUAACCCCCACACUUAUUUGUUUUCCAUAACAGGGAUAUAUAAUAUUCCUCCAUCCUCGUCAAUACUCUGGUCUUCACGCAAGGCAAAAUCCAAUAUCGGUCGAGAGAGUACCCUCUCCCGUUGGUCCAAGCAGGCUUGUCCCCCCUACUCCUCUUCUGGUUGUGCCAUUAUCAAUCGCGGGUAACCCCCCGGUCCGGCCGUCCCUGACCUAAGAAAAACGAUUAUCCUUGUGACCAAACAAGGACCAACUUACUUACCUUCUCGUCCCCCACCCCCACCCCAGCACAAAAACACCACAUAUAUGUAGAUAUAUAUAUAUAUAUAUAUAAAACUUCUUGACGCAUAUUCAGAAAUGAAAGAAACCUCAAUCAUAGCAUUUGUCCCCAGAUACUUCUUUCUCACUCUCCUCCUUUCCAUACCUUUCCUUCUUUUUCUCUCUUACCGUUCUUCCACCACCACCAAACACUCAGAACGAUUAUCCUCAGAAACGAGCUCGGGCCUAAAAAUCCGACCCGGAUACAAGACGUACGAGUCCUACAUCCAGCGCCAGCUCAACAAGACCCUCAAUCCAAAGCUUCGAGAAAUAUGGAGAACCCGCGACUGGGACAGGAAAAUCCAGGUCUUUGCUCGUUUCUUCAGCGAGCUGAAACAGAAGAAGUUGCUUUCUAAUGAUUCCAAAGCGCUGAGCAUCGGGGCCCGGAUGGGUCAAGAAGUGGAGGCGUUGAAACGGGUGGGAGUAUCCGACUCGAUAGGGAUGGACCUGGUCCCAUCUCCACCGCUAGUUGUGGAGGGCGACUUUCAUAACCAGCCGUUUGAGGACGGGACUUUUGACUUUGAGUUCUCCAACGUGUUUGAUCACGCGCUUUAUCCGGAGAAGUUCGCGGGGGAGAUCGAACGGACGCUGAAGUCCGGCGGAGUUUGUGUUCUACACGUGUCGGUAAAUAAGCGGGCUGACAAGUACUCGGCUAAUGAUUUGUACAGCGUGGAGCCGUUGAAGAAACUGUUCAAACGCUCCGAUUUGGUUCACGUUCGGACUGUCGACGCAUUCGGAUUGGACACAGAGGUGGCCUUCAGGAAAAAGAAGGCCAUCUAAGAGUCUUGAAUUUUCUUAAAGGAUUUUUUUUUUCUUUUUCGUUUUAUUGUUAUUAUUAUUAUUAUUUUUUUUUUUUGGCAUUGCCAUCAUAAUUUGAUACGCAAAUAUAUUUUUUUUUUAAAAGUUGUAAUGGACGUCCAAACUCCAAGCAAAUUUUACCCAUAAACAAUAAUGGAACCAUUUAUUUAUUGUUUCGA